GGGAGUGAAACUUUAGCUCACUGUCUUGGAGAAUGCCUUACUUAUUACAAGUUACGAGUAUAUUGCUGGCAGUAAGGAAUCUGUUGAUUUUAGGUUCGGUUGGUUAAUAUUCAUUUAUUUUUUCUGGAAAUAACGGAGACAUUGUUUUUCUUCUUCUUGGAUUUGAGAAUCGGGGUUUCUGAGAUUUUUGAUUUUAUGGUUUAGUUCAUCUUUAUUGACGGGGACAGCAUACGGAGUUCGAUUACUUGAACCUAGACGCUGCAGCGAUUUCGUUGGAAGAGAUUACAGCUUUUUAAUGUUCUGCUAAUGAAGUGUCAUUGCUCUGCAAGAGGAUUUCUCACUCCCCUUGUUAGGUCGACAGCCAUUAUUCGUUGUUCAUAAAGCCUAUUCCUCGCAUCACCUUACUAUUUUGCUGCCAAUGGUAAAUCUUAGUUCUGGAAGCCCAAUGAUGAUUUCUAGGAGAUUGAUGUAAUAUUGCUUGAAUUUUCGCAGUGUCAUUCCUGACUUCUCUUAAAGGUUGAUUCACUAUGAGCACCAUUGCCGAAAAGGAAUGGGAUGAAGAAUACUCUGAAAUUGGAGACAAGGGUGAUGUGGGUUUCUUAGAUUUUGAGGAUGAUAAAUCGCUAAGUAGUUUCAAUCCACUUGAGACAGGUCCUGUUGUGAUUUCAAUCCCCUUCCCUCUCAUUGCUGGAAAACCUCAAUCCGCUUUUCUUGGUGAAGUAUCAUCGGAUUCUAUCUAUAUUAAAAACACCACUGAUGAACCAGUUGAACUGUGGAGUAUUCGAAUCUUUUCAUCUAACCCAGAGAAUUCAUAUGCCCUUUCGUUGAUGAAACCACCAUCUGUUAAUGCUGAUGAGAGAGAAAUUGAUGCAUAUGUGGAGUCAGAUGCCUUGGAAGAUAGGGUGCUUCAACCAAGGCAGACUCUCACUAUUUGGCUUUCAUGCAAACCUAAAGAAAUAGGUUUACACUUUUCAGUAGUGCAUUUUGAUGCGGGUUCUGACAAAAUUGAGCGAGUUGUUUUUUUGUUGGCUGAUGAUAAAGUAUCACAAGGUUUGGUCUGUAAGAAACCUUAUUCAAGAGCUCCACAUCGUAGAAAGUUGUUUGAGUGUGACAAUUAUGUUGCUGGUUCUCGACCACAUCGGCCAGUUACACAAACAAGUAGAUAUAAGCUCCCUGAAUAUGCCAUACCAAAAGAAAUCCGUGAACUGGUUGAGGCUAUGCAGAUUCCUGAUGUCAUAAUGGAAGGGCUAAAUACUUUGAACUAUGCCAGGUUUUUUAGCUCUUUGAUUAACAUUGAAGAAAUUCAUUUGGGGGUAGAGAUGAGAGCUCAUGACAUGGAGUCGGUGAGUAUGAGGAGGAGGGGUGGCCUAUUUUUGUCCCUUGUGGUCCCCGGAUUGGCUGAGAGAAGGCCUUCUCUUGUCCAGGGAGAUUAUAUUUUUGUUCAACUUGCCACUGGCAAGCCAGACAGUUGUUCUCGUCCUUACCAGGGUUAUAUUCACAAAGUUGAAGCAGAUGAAAUUCUUUUAAAAUUUGAUAAGAACCUGCACCAAUGUCAUCGGGAUGAUCACUUCUAUAAUGUUAGUUUCACUUACAACAGGGUGAAUAUGCGAAGAUUAUAUCAUACCGUUCAAGCUGCUGAGUGUUUGGAACCUGAAAUUCUCUUUCCCUUUCAGUCAACAAACAGAAGGGUUAUCUAUACAGUUCCUUUUCAGCCCUUGAUUCAAUCUCUCAAUAGAGAACAAAUACAUUCUGUGGAAAUGAUUCUUGGUUGCAAAGGAUUUCCGCCUUAUGUGAUCCAUGGACCUCCAGGUACUGGUAAGACAAUUACACUAGUUGAGGCCAUACUGCAGCUUUAUACCACAAGGAGAAAAGCAAAAAUCCUGGUAUGUGCUUCUUCAAAUAGUGCAGCAGACCAUGUUUUGGAAAAACUGCUUGCUGAGGAUGCGUUUGGGGUGAGACAAAACGAAAUUUUUAGACUAAAUGCUACCAGCCGCCCACUUGAAGAUAUCAAAUCUGAUUUUAUUAGGUUUUGCUUCUUUGAGGAUACAACUUUUAAAUGUCCUCCGCUCAAAGCUUUGUUGCAUUACAGGGUCAUAAUAUCUACUUAUAUGAGUGCAUUUCUACUACAUGCUGAAGGCAUUCGCAAAGGCUACUUCUCUCACAUUUUCCUUGAUGAGGCUGGCCAAGCCUCUGAACCCGAGACAAUGGUUCCCAUAUCAACCUUAUGUGUGAAGGAUACCGUGGUUGUUCUUGCAGGAGAUCCUAUGCAACUAGGCCCUGUUGUCUAUUCAAGCUUGGCAGAGAACCACGGCUUAGGAAAAUCGUACUUGGAAAGGUUGUUUGAGUUUGAAUAUUAUGAGGGAGGUGAUGAGAAUUAUGUUACAAAGUUGUUGAGGAACUACCGCAGUCACCCGGCUAUCCUGGAGCUACCCUCUAAAACUUUCUACAAAGGUGAAUUGAUUGCUUGCAAAGAAGAUGAUGAAUCUUCUAUUUGUGACUGUGCUAGCCUUCCAAACAAGUCAUUUCCAGUUCUAUUUGUUGGAAUUCAAGGAUGUGAUGAGAGAGAAGGUAGUAAUCCGUCAUGGUUUAAUAGGAUUGAGGCUAGUAAAGCUGUGGAUAUCAUCAGAAAACUAUUGAUGAAUCCUGACCUGAUUGAGGGCGAUAUUGGAGUUAUAACGCCAUAUAGGCAACAAGUGCUAAAGAUCCAGAAGGCCUUAUCAUCCCUUGAAAUACCAGAUAUUAAGGUCGGAAGUGUGGAGCAAUUUCAGGGACAAGAAAGAAAAAUAAUAAUCAUAUCAACUGUUCGGUCAACUAUUAGACAUAAUGAGUUUGACAGAGUUUACAGUUUGGGUUUUCUUAGCAAUCCCCGGAGAUUUAAUGUUGCCAUUACUCGGGCUAGAUCCUUGCUUAUUAUAAUUGGAAAUCCACACAUAUUAACUCAGGAUCCUUACUGGGAGAAGCUAUUGAGGCAUUGUGUAGAUAAUGGUUCCUAUCAGGGCUGCCCUCUUCCUUCCUUAGAGAGGAAAGUUUUUUCCGAUCAGUUUUCCCCUCCUAUUCUUCCACAUGACAUUGAAAAGCCAAAUUCAGAAGGAGUUGAAUGGGGAGAAAACCCAUUAAAGAAGUCCAAAGAAGUUGAAUGGGGUGACGAAGCCUCAGAACAAUAUAACAACAAAGAUGAUGAAUAUAACGAAGAAGCUUCAAAGCAAUACAACAACGAUGUUGAAUGGGAGGAAACUGUUCAGUACCCCAACGAGGGAGAAUUGCUGCAACAGGGCUCCAAAUUUAAUUCUGAUAAAUAUGACAGUGCUGAUAAUUCUGCUUGGAAUGGUUCUUCCAUUGACCGUUACAGAUCUACUGAAGCAGAAAUGAAGAAUGAAACAAACAAUUUUGAUGGAGCUGGCCUUGAAGACUCCAUUCCACAGAAGAAGAAGCAUGAAUGGAAUGGUAUGGCCUUCACGCCCACAGGGUGGGGUGAUUAGGCUUUGAAAUGCUACCAGUUUUAGAUUUCCUGGAGUUGCGAGUGAGCCAUGAUGGGUUGAUUUUGUAAGUUAGGCCAGAAGACCUGAUGCAAUACAAACAUUUUUUUUAUUCGGUUGAACCGGUCUGAAUGAAGCCUAAGAUUGGGCCCAAAUAACCUGUAGCUACCAUAACUGGUCCACCACCCAACUGGUUGAAUAGCCAACUCAGCUGCUCUGCUUAAGAGUAAAGGUAGUCUGUCCAAAACUCAAUUAGUGUUAUCUGACACCCACAUUUAAAGAACUUCCUCUUUUUAUAACACAAUUCCCUGCUGAGAUCCAACAUUAGUAGUGUUUUUCUAUUCACUGAAGAAGGAAAGAAUUUUGAGAGUUCUUUAUUACCUCUAAAGAUUCAAAUACAAAGUUCCAAAAAUAUGAGUUAUGCUGAAGAGGUUUAAUGCUUUUCUAUUUCUCUUUUCAACAGUUGUGCUAAUUUUGUAUUGUAAGGUUGUGUUUGGGACAA